UUUGCGACCGCUUCCUCGUCUUCUUCUUCUUCUUCUUCUUCUUCUUCUUCUUCUUUCUUUUCUUUGAAAUAAUCUCAUGAUGAUAACAUCGUUUCUGUCGAAGGACUACUUUACCUGACGGACUGUGCUGUCAUGGCGGAGGUGUGAGGCACGUGUAGGAGAAAAGCCACGACCAUGAGGUGACGUCUGUGACAUCUUGAAUCAUUUCUCCCACCGGCACAUAUGGCGAGGAUCACUUUUUCCUGCCUGCCGGCCUCCUGGUACUGCAGCGUGUCCCUGCUGUCUCUGGGCUGCGCUCCCAGGCAGAGGCUGCUGCUGCUCUUCAUCACCUCCGCCCUCCUCCUCCUGGGAACCUACCAGAGGCAGCUGUGGAGCGCGGGGCCGCGGCGGCCCGGGUCCCGAGUCAACAAAUACCUCUCCAUCGCAGAGUCCAUGGAGGUCACCAACGUCUUGGACCCGGCUCUGAAUUAUGGGAUCGUGGUGGACUGUGGCAGCAGUGGCUCUCGGGUCUUUGUGUACUACUGGCCCCCCCACAACGGGAACCCUCACACGCUGCUGGACAUCCGACAGAUGAGGGACCGCGACCGCAAGCCGGUCGUCAAGAAGAUCAAACCCGGUAUCUCCACGCUGUCCAACACGCCGACGCAGGCCAGCGACUACCUCCACCCUCUGCUCCGCUUCGCUGCCGCUCACGUCCCGAGGAGCAAACACAAAGAGACGCCGCUCUACAUCCUCUGCACCGCUGGCAUGAGGCUGCUGCCCGACAGCCAGCAGGCGGACAUCUUGGACGACCUGGUCACUGAUGUUCCCCUGGAGUUCGACUUCCUGUUUUCCAGCUCCCAUGCUGAGGUCAUCUCUGGGAAACAAGAAGGAGUGUAUGCAUGGAUUGGCAUUAACUUUGUGUUGGGCCGCUUCGAUCAUGCUGAUGAAGAAGACGCGACAGUUGAGGUGACAACGGGGUCUCAGAACCAGCGGCCAAUCAGCAGGCGGCGCACAGUGGGCAUCAUGGAUAUGGGCGGAGCUUCACUGCAGAUUGCCUACGAGGUGCCGAGCGCCAUCACCUUCACUUCACCACAAGAAGAGGAGGCAGGGAAGAGUGUCCUCGCUGAGUUUAAUCUGGGCUGUGACGUCGAGCACACGCAACACGUCUACAGAGUCUACGUCACCACCUUCCUCGGCUUCGGGGGAAACAUGGCGAGGCAGCGAUACGAGGACCAGCUGAUCAACAACACGCUGGCAAAGAACAGGUUUCUCACCACGCAGACGGGCCUGAGCGAGGACCAGCCGUACCUGGAUCCCUGUCUGCCGGUCAGCCUGUCGGACACAGUGGUGAAGGGCAACCGCACGGUGUACCUGAGGGGUCAGGGCGACUGGAGCCGGUGUCGAGAGGCCGUGCGACCUUUCCUGGGCCUCCACAACGGCACCAUGUCACCGGGGGGCGUCUACCAGGCUCCCAUCAAUUUCAGCAACAGUGAGUUCUACGGUUUCUCAGAGUUCUUUUACUGUAUGGAGGACGUCCUGAGGCUGGGAGGACCGUAUGACAGCCACAAGUACUCCAGAGCUGCUACGGACUACUGCCUCACCAAGUGGUCGAUACUGAAACAGCGUCUGGACAACAAGCUGUUCUCUCAGCAGGCCGACGUCUACAGACUCAAGCUUCAGUGCUUUAAGUCGGGCUGGAUGUACGAGGUGCUGCACUCCGGCUUCCGGUUCCCAACCGACUACCCGAAUCUGAAAACGGCCCAGCUGGUUUACGACAAGGAGGUGCAGUGGACUCUGGGAGCCAUCCUGUUUAAAACCCGAUUCCUGCCUCUCAGGGACCUGCGGCAGGAAACCCUGCGACAGAACCAGAACCACCCCAGCUGGCUGCGCUCCUCCUUCCUCUACAACCACCACCUGUUCUCGCUCUGCAUCCUGGUGGUGGUGCUGGCCAUCCUGCUCUACAUCCUGCGCCUGCGGAGGAUCCACCAGCGGGAGCAGCGGCAGGCCGAUGCCCUGAACCUCCUCUGGGUCGAGGAGGGAGAGGCCCUCCUCGCCUGAGAGGCCGCGUUAUAGUACAGCUGACGAGUGCGACGACGGAGGACGGAUGAGGAACCUGGAGAUUACUCACCAGAUGCUCGCUUGGCCACUUUAUUGAGAAACAGCCGAGUACAGAGAGUUUUAAUGAGCCGGGAAAUCAAACUCCUCUGUAUGUUCUUUGAUCUGGCAGCUUCAAACUCAGAUCCCUUCUCAGACCGGAGAGACGUUCUCUGUGUUCACUUUCUUCUGUGGAAAGAAGAAAGGAAUCAACUCGGCACAACAGGAUGGAACAACUACCAUCGGGGUGUUUUGUUUUAAUUGUGAAGAAAAGUGAGUAAGACAAGUACGUGUGUGUGUGUGUGUGUGUGUGUGUGUGUGUGUUAGGUUAGGUAGUAAUAUGGGACACAUUUUAAAAUACACAAAUACUGUAUAUCUACACAAAUAUCCCUAUAACUAUCAUCAGUUAGCUUCCCAUUUGAUCCAAAGCCAUGUUUUUAUUUAUGUCAGUUAGCCUGGAUUCAGUGGGGGGGGGGGUGUAUCUCACCUGAGGGACAGAGGUGGUUCAUCAUAAGAAGAUGGAUUUGUAGACCAUUCACACCCAUGCUAAAGGCACAUAAGAAAGAAAUGCAGCUCAAGUGGUUCCAACGGGAUUCAUGUGUUUUAUAUUUAAAAUAUUCAUGUGGGAGAAAAGUAAGCGCAACACCUGCUAGCAGCGCGGCCGUGGACUUAAUUUAAUGUUAAAAUUAGAUAUCAGCCGAGCUUGUUAAUGUUAAAACCUGCGUUAAUGUUAGCCAGCAUGUUUAGAGUUAGCUGUGACAUAACUGUUAGCAUGCUAAUGUUGGUUAAUUUAUCUUAAGGUACAGCUGAGUUCAACGAAGUGUAGCUGAGCUUAAAAUGACCACUGUUCAGGGGUUCAGGUGACCACUUAUUUUUCUCUACAUCUGUUCUUCAUACGAGUGCGUCAUGUGAUCUUUGAGUAUCUUCAUCUGGUGACGCAUUUGAACAUUCCUCUCUGCAAACAAGAGAGAGAAGAAGCUCUCAGGUUUUGGUUCACCUUAAAUCUCUCUUUCACUGUAUUAAAUAUACUCCUCAUCAAUACGGUUAAAACCAGACCACCACCGCUGUCCUGCCAAGACCUCCGAUCCAGCUCAGGUGUUGAUCCGAGGGAAGCUGAGAUGGAGCGGAGAGGUCUGCUCAGUGUUUGGCUGAGCGGGUGCUGAGAGCAGACGAAGGCCUGCAGGCUCCUGAUUCAAACAGAUGCGCUCCGAUCUGAUCUGAAUAAAGAUCCACGGACAAAUAGAGAGAAGGAAACCGGUCAAAACGGAUGCUUGGAUGAAGCAAAAAAAAGUAUAUGUGAGAUGUGAAUGUGUGGUUUUUAAAAUGAAGCCAUUUUGAGGAAAAAAAGCCACAAAAAAGAGGGUCCAUUGUUUUCAGUUUUAUGCAUUUCAUAUCUGUAAAUGAAGCCAGUUAGUUUUUCUUUGGGAGUCUUUUGUUAUGUGCUGAGGGUGCAGCUCUGCAGCAAACCAUGACGAUGCAAAUAUGUGUCUGAGAAGCAAACUUCUAGAGAAGUUGAAUCAUGUGUUGAUCCCACAGUGGGAGUUUUUUGUCGUUGAUUUGUUGUUAACCUCCGUCUCCUCGUCUGUACUUCAAAAACACACUUCCUGCACCGGUUACAGGAGUCUACAGCAGCCACGGUGUGACGUUUAAAAUCACUUCCUUUGACCUCGUUGUGAGGUGUCCAGGCUUCCUGCUGCUCCUCUGAUGUUUUUGACUCCUGACCUGGGACCAGUGGUGGACUGUGUCCUCCCAGAGCUGGGCAUUGUGCAAUGUUUAACAGGGAUUCACUGAAGGGGACUUUUUAUUUUCGUUUUUAAAUUGAGGUACCUUUUUAACAUCAAUGUGAAUAGAAACUAUUCCAAUAAAAGAUCCUUUUUGUAAUAAAAAAA